UAUUCAGCGUCCAGUAUGCGGUUCUGGAUUUGGGAUCAGUGCCUACAUAACUCCAUCUCCUCCGAUACAGAUAACGACCAUCAGUCUACCUUACUCGAACAAUCCCUGAGCUUUUUUGCUGUAUUGCCCUUCUUGUCGAGUGCAAUGGCCUCCAUCGUAGCUGCAUCCACUGUUGUGGCCCCUGCUGCCUUCGCUGCGGCCUCAUCCGCAGUGUCGACCUCCGAGGCCUCCUCCGUGAAGGCUUUCUCUGGCCUCAAGAGCGCUACCUUGUUCUCCAGCAAGGCUCAGACCUUGAGCUCAGUCCAGAAUGGCAGCCGCGUGCAGUGCAUGCAGGUGUGGAACCCCAUCGGCAUGACCAAGUUCGAGACCUUCUCGUACUUGCCCCCAUUGUCCGAUGACGCCAUCGCCAAGCAGGUGGAGUACAUGAUCCAGCAGAAUCUCAUCCCCUGCCUCGAGUUCGAUGUGAACGCCAACGGUGUGUCUCGUACCAACAACUCAUCCCCUGGGUACUAUGACGGUCGCUACUGGACCAUGUGGAAGCUGCCCAUGUUCGGUUGCCAGGACUCCGCCCAGGUGUUGAGGGAGAUCGAGGAGUGCAAGAAAACCUUCCCUGGCUGCUUCGUGCGCGUGUUGGGCUUUGACAAUGUGAAGCAGGUCCAGAUCUGCGGUUUCUUGGUCGCCAGGCCCAACUAAACGAUUUGCCGACAAUUCCGUUGGAGUGCUCGUUGUAGGAUAUGUGUACUGCCACAAUUAAUAAGAAACGGUUGGGUAGCGCGAUUGUGACGCAAAUCAUCUGAUAAUGCAUCAAAACUGUGUUAUGAGGAAUGGUCUCUUUCUUUGGUCAGCGAAGUUCAAUCUAUAUACCGCUAGGUUAGUAGAGAGAUAAGUGAGUGUGCUUUGCUGUCUACGUCGAAUAAGGAGACCGUGUCGACGUUGAUCUUUAUUUUGCACUGCACUAGAGGCCUAAGCGAGUUCUCAACCAUCAAUUCAGUUCUGAGCUGAGUGUUAACUUUACAUGCCCAUGUCCUGAUCGACAAUUCCCUCGGACGCCUGAGAUAUUGAGAUCCCUCAGUAUCUGAAACCAUUGCAGUUAACCAGUGGAAUUGCGCUUUCUCAUUA